CUCUUUGUACUUGGUCUCUCAGUCGCUGCUAUACGCAAGCUCAUCUCUGCCGUGACUUGGCUUCUGGAUCGAACAUUUAUCAGUCGAGCAGAGAUUGAUAGCCGUGAUGAAGCCUAUGCUUGGCUCGAUAGCUUUCUGCGUGAGCACAAGGGACAAGAUGCACUUCAAUUUACAGUCACAACCAAGGCUCAACCAGGAUCUAAUGCACAGAGCAGCGAGGAGAGUCGCUCAGGAUUGAGCCCACUCCGUUUCAAUCCAGCACCCGGUUUGCACUUCAUUUUUCACAAAGGCUGGCCUGUGUUGGUAAGGCGACAACUUGCAGGUGAGGCAGGUCAAUCGAAUCUACUCAAGCCUUCUGAACGCCUCGAAUCCCUCUCCCUGCAAACACUGGCAGUUACGCCCCAAUGCCUGCAUGAUCUCGUCCAGUCAUGCAGAGCACAGUACAUCUCGCAAGAUCGCUCACGGACCGUGGUCUUUACUGGCACACAAUACGGUGGGUGGCAGCGGCUGCACUCAAGACCACUGAGGUCACUCGAUACAGUCAUUUUGCCGCCCAAGGUGCUCCAUCCUCUAUUGACUGACAUUCGUGAUUAUCUAUCGCCAGAGACUGAGCGAUGGUAUGCUCAACGCGGUAUUCCAUAUCGGCGUGGUCUGCUCUUUCAUGGUCCCAGCGGUACGGGCAAAACGAGUCUGGUAAUUGCACUUGCUGGCGAAUUCAACCUUGGCGUCUAUGUCGUCUCACUUGCAGGUAAGGGUAUGAAUGAUGAUAGGUUGCUUGAGCUACUAGGGAGCAUGCCACGCCGCUGUAUUCUUCUGCUGGAAGACAUUGAUGUCGCCUUUCCAGAUCGCGCCAAAGCUAGUGCUAGUAGCGACACUGUUGCAGAACGCGCUGCAGGCAUCACCUCCUCUGGUCUGCUCAACGCAUUGGAUGGCGUGGCUGCACAAGAAGGCCGGCUCGUGGUCAUGUCGACCAAUUACAGGGAGCGGCUUGACUCUGCGCUUGUACGACCUGGUCGUAUUGACCAUGAGGUGGCCUUCCAGCUUGCGAGCAGGGAAGAUGUGCAGGCACUCUUUCUCAAUUUCUUCGAGCAUGCCGAGGAGAAGGGCGCUGCGUUGGACGUACAGGAUGCAGCUGCUCGUUUUGCAAGUAAAGUUCCGGUUGGCAAGCUUAGUAUUGCAGCGCUGCAAGGCUUCCUCAUGGACAACAAACGAGAUCCAGAGGGUGCCAUCCAACAGAUCGAA